UCGGGGCGGGAGGGACUGCAGCGGCGGGGCGGAGGCUGGCCGCGGUCGGGUGCUCGAGUGGUGAGGGGUCGCGACGAGUGAGGCCCCACCCCGGCUCCUUUACCGGUGUCUCAUGGGCGCUGAGCUGCCACUGGGGCCCGUCACCAGUGCAGGCACCGCGCUGACCCCUCCCCCGGCAGCGGUUCGGAGCCGGGCGCCCCGGCGUGGAGUGAGCACAGACUCCAGCGGGUUCGACGGCAACUACUAAUGUUUUGCCCAAAAUGAAACCAGUGCGGCCGGCAGCCGCACGUCUUCAAACACGGCUAUGCCCGCACCCAGAGCGCGCGUUCGGAAGGCGAGUUGUUUGCAGGGACACUAACCACCCGGCGUAGGGAAGCGCGGCUCUGCCCCUGGCGCGCGGUCCGGAGAGGGUAGCGCAGCGCAGGGCAGGGCUGGGGACUCGGGCCCCUCGCCUGUCCCCGGUGGCCAUGGCGGCGUCCCGGGACACCAGGCGGCUCUACAGGCUGGUGCAAGAAGGUCGACUGUGCGCCCUGCGGGAGGAACUGCAGGGAGCGGGGGCCGCCAGCUGCCCCGGGCCGGCGGGGGACACCUUGCUGCACUGCGCCGCCCGCCACGGGCAUCGGGACGUCCUGGCCUAUCUGGCCGAGGCCUGGGACAUGGACAUCGAGGCUGCCAACCGAGACUACAAGCGGCCCCUACACGAAGCUGCCUCCAUGGGUCACCGGGACUGUGUGCGGUACCUGCUGGGCCGAGGAGCCGUGGUCGACUGCCUGAAGAAGGCUGACUGGACUCCUCUGAUGAUGGCUUGCACAAGGAAGAAUCUCGAGGUGAUCCAGGACCUUGUAGAACAUGGUGCAGAUCCGCUUCUGAAGAACAAAGAUGGCUGGAACAGUUUCCAUAUUGCCAGCCGAGAAGGGGACCCUCCAAUCCUCCAGUACUUGCUCACCGUUUGCCCAGAUGCCUGGAAGACAGAGAGCAAAAUUAGCAGAACUCCUCUGCACACGGCAGGUAUGGCCCGGAGCUCUGCCUCCCCCAGCACUGCAGAAUGGCCAAGUUGGAGGGAUUUGGAAAAUAGAGCAAUGCAUGGCUGUUUAGAGGCAGUAAAGGUGCUUCUUCAGAGGUGUCAAUAUCAACCAGACUGCAGAGACAAAUGUGGCCUCACACCCUUUAUGGAUGCAAUUCAAUGUGGGCACAUCAACAUAGCCAGGCUGCUCCUCGAAAAACAUAAGGCUUGCAUUUGUGCUGAGGAUUCCCUGGGAGCCCAGGCUAUACACAGGGCAGCAGUCACUGGGCAGAAUGAAGCCAUCCGAUUCUUGGUAUCUGAACUUGGCAUUGAUGCAGACGUGAAAGCAACAUCAACCCACCUUACAGCACUUCAUUAUGCAGCUAAGGAAGGACAUGUGAGUACAGUUCAGAUGCUCAUUUCCUUGGGUGCUGACAUCAACUCUAAAGAUGAAAGAAAUCGAUCAGCCCUACACCUGGCCUGUGCGGGUCAGCACCUGGCCUGCAUCGAGUUUCUUCUACGGUCUGGGCUGAGGGACUCCCCAGACAUCACGGGCACCCUGGCUCAACAGCUGACACGAAACACAGACAUCCUUCAGUGCUUCGCCCACAGCAUGACGGCAUGAGGGUGUUUCUAAAAGACAGUAAAACUCAUGGUAACUUAAAUCCUGCUGCUUAAGUCAUUACCAGGUUCAGUGAAAUCUGCGGAUAGUUGCUGUCCUCUUCCCUCCCUCCCCUGCACUCCACCGCAGCUGAGAGUCCCAGAGGAUGUGGACACUGGCUUCCUAUAUGGAGGGAUGGACACACUAAAAAUCUCUUCUUACCUGCAUUUCAUUUUGUGGCCUUAAAAUGGAUUUAGAUGAUGUUUGUGAGGUCAGCGUCUGGACUCCUUAGAAAGCAUGUAACAUGCAGGAAUAUAAUAUACAUGCUUUUAUAUAUAUAUAUUUGUACAUAUAUAUGAAAUGUUUUAUAGUAAACAUAUGAUAAGGCAGUAAUAAUAUUAAAAAUAUAGCAUAUUACUGUUCACUUGAGCCAUAAA